GAACGUCUUUGUAAAGAAAAGGUGCCGGCUUCUGUUACGUGACGCCGAAGUUGUCGUGUCAUUUGCCGUGAACCCUCGUUGAGGUUUUUGGAGGGGUCCGCUGUCGGCACCGCACAGCUUCGAAGGUGACUGCCCUGAAGCGUGUUAAUGGGCCGAAGGACACACCGACAGGCGCCCCUCACUGUCAUUCGCAUUCAUUCAUUAAUUGUGUUUUCGUUUCCCGUUCAUGAAGCAUGGUGGAACUCGUUAUGGACCUCGCUGCUGGCGGCAUCAGCGGCGUCGUCUGCGCCCUGGUCGGUUACCCCUUUGAGACGGUUCUGGUCCUCAUGCAGAGCCACAAGCUGCCGGCCCACACGACGUAUCGCAGCUGUGUGACGGACCUCUAUCGGCGGGAGGGCGUCGGCGGCUUCUUUAAAGGCAUCCCGCCUCGUCUGUUCGCCUCCGCCGUGGAGUACUCGCUGACCUUUGGCGGUUACAAGAGCGCGCUGCGUCUUGUCGGCGCGUCGGAGGAGAGGCUGACCUUGCUGGACGUGUGUGCCGGCGGCAUCGGCGGCGGCCUCGCCACCACAACCGUGCUGACCCCGCUGGAGCUCCUAAAGUGUCGUAUGCAGGUCACACCCCAGUGCAGCCACAGUGUGAGCGGUGGUGGUGGUGAAGGUCUGGGUCGGCCUCCGCUGACGCUGUCCGCGUGGGUGCGCCACGUCUACCACCGUGAAGGCGGACUUCGCGGCUUCUACCAGGGCGGCGCGGCCACCCUCCUGCGCGAGGUCCCUGGGACGGCGCUGUGGUGCGGGGCGAACGAUGUGCUGCGGGAGACAAUGACACCACGGGGCUGCUCCGCAGCCGACCUCCCGCUCUGGGACACUAUCCUCUGCGGGGGCCUCAGCGGCCUCGUGUAUGCCGUAUUCGUGUACCCGGUGGACGUGAUGAAGACACGCAUCCAAACGGAGCCGAAGCGCUACCGAAUGAAGGGAUUCGCACAGGCGGUGCGCACGCAGUACCGCACGGGCGGUGCGUGCAGCUUUUACCGCGGCUUCGGCCUUGUCGCGCUCUUCUCCUUUCCGAGCAGCGCUCUCCUAUUUGUGACCUACGAGUACGCCAUGCACGGCCUCGUGGCAUGCGGGAAUCGCGUGUGA